AUGUCUUGUCAUCUCUUCUUAGUUGUUACUCUUGGUAUAUUAUAUAAUUUAGUAUCAUGCAUCUCUGGUCAUGCUUACUUUAUUUAUCCAACACCUCGCAACACUUAUUGUACUAAUAGUUCUUGUACUACUGCUGGUGCAUUAGGAGCACAAGGACCAAUUUGGAGUUUACCAGCAAAUAGUACAUUAUCUUCUAUAAGUCCAACAACUCAAACAACAUGCAAUGGUUCGACUUUAAUACUAGCUGCUCCAGUAGGUAAUACUUAUGAUCCAGGAUUUCAAGGAAAAACAGCUGCUUCAUGGUCAGCUGGUUCAAUACAAACAUUUCAAAUAUUUGUUUCUCAACUUCAUCCAAUAGAAAAUCAAACUAUUUAUCCAACGGAUGGUUGGCAAAUUCGCUAUCGAGAUGGUACACAAACUGGUUCAACAUUUUCUCCCAUCAAUUUUACUUAUGUAAAUGUAUCAACAACACCAUCGAUUGGUCCUGCUCCUGGUGCUGGAUUUCAAUUAGGUCAAAUUGUUUUUGCUACAAUAACUGUACCUUCAAGUGCAACUAACGAUGGAAUAUUUCAAUUUUUUUGGCGUAAUAAUGAAGUCUAUACGGGUUUCAUGUGGUUAUCAUGUAUCGAUAUUACUAUCACUUCUUUUGGAACUAACAUUCCAGUUCCAUCAAUAUUUACUAUUAUUAUUGCUGCUCUUUUAACUAUUGGUAGUGUAGUAUUACACGUGUAA